AUGCCUUUUGCUGCGUUUGUUGGUCUGACUUUACAUCCUCCAACAUUAAAUAUCAUAUAUCCGAAAAACAAAUCAUCGUCCCCAUUUUCCAACACGUAUUCACCCACUUUCGAACAUCGCGCAUUAAAGAACACGAGAUUUCCACCCCCUCCUGAGAAUGGCCCGUCGAACCCGCCAAAGAUAGUUAAGACAAGUUACUCAACAAUUAGAUAUUUUAUCCUAUUUAUUUUGGUAAUGUUGUUUCUGUUGAUUCCCGUGGUUUUCAGAGAAGAUGUAAGAUGCAAAUAUCAGGAACCAGUGGGAUUUCUAGUAAGCAUCUUGUCGUUGAAAAUGUUGACUUGGUUGAAAAAGUGUUGGCAAGUUGAUGUGAUCCAAUCCUCCCUCGAAAAUUCGGAGAACGCACGAAUCAAUGAUUACAAUAUAAAAAGCAAGAAGCAGGAUGUACAAAAAGAAAAGCUACAGAUUGACCACGAUAAACUAGACUCGCAAAAACUACCACCAACACCGCCACCUGAGUUAGAUCAAUCGCACCACGCGCAUAACGUUUCAGACGAACCACUUUCGAUCCCGGCCACUUCAAAAAAACGACUUUCGACCUUUCUUAAAAAACGCCCUCUGAUUUGGAUAACAAAAUUGAUCGCGCAUGGAUUGCUGAUAAAAUUUCUGGUAGAUUAUGCUCCUCAUCUGCCACCGACUUCUUAUUCUUCAAGAUUAAUUGAACUUUUCAUUACCGGAAAGCCACCUAUCACCAGCCCAUUCGAACUAGUAUACUGGGAUAAUCUUGGGGAGGGAGAUGAGAUUAAAAAUUCUAGUAACAAAUUACAAAAUUGGGUAGCACAUAUGGCCGGGACAAUGGGAGUCUUUGUGCUUAGCGGAUUAUUAAAUGAGUAUGCAUCAUUUGUGUCGUACGCCGACGGGGGUCAUGAGAAGAGUGACGAUGUGAUCAGAAAGAAUAGCGAGGGUAAUGAUGAAAGGGUAGAAUUAAGAGUUAAUGCCCUCGAGUUGGUUAAGAAA